AUGCUUGCUCCCAUUCCGCGUCUCGAAGACUAUGGGCUAUCUCCUAACUAUGGCUUCCUUCCUCCCGAACUUCCGCUUCAACGACUUCCACAUCCUGUCUACGACAAAUGGGAACGAAUCAUCAACAACUUCCAGUCACUGCUGCUGUCCAAGCGCCUACGGACAGUCAUCGAUCGUCUACCCGUCUUACCUACCUCACAUCUAGACACAGAGCGAGAAUGGCGCAGGGCAUACAGCAUGCUGGCCUUCAUGGCACAUGGCUACAUUUGGGGAGGCGAGAAGCCAUCAGAAAUAUUACCGCCUCCCAUCACCUAUCCACUCCUACAAGUCUCUGCCCAUCUGGGCGUGCCUCCUGUCGCUACAUACUCCGCAGUUUGUUUGUGGAACUACAAGCCAAUCUUCUUUUCCGACAACCUAACUCUCGACAACCUUGCAACCCUUACCACAUUCACCGGCUCCCUUGACGAACAAUGGUUUUACCUGGUUUCGGUGGCAUUGGAAGCAAGAGGAGGACCUGCCAUACCGCUUAUGCUGGAUGCCAUCAACGCAGCAAGAUGUGACCAGCCUGAGGAAGUCAUGCGCUGUCUUCGAUCGUUCGCAGAAAUAAUUGACGACCUGGGCGGUCUGCUGGUACGAAUGUACGAAAAUUGUGAUUCACAUGUUUUCUAUCACCGUAUCCGACCAUAUCUUGCAGGCAGCAAAAACAUGCGAGAUGCCGGCUUGCCCCAUGGUGUCAAAUAUGACGAUGGCAGUGGGAAUCCCACCUGGCGCCAAUACGGCGGAGGCAGCAACGCCCAAAGCAGUCUAAUUCAAUUCUUCGAUAUUGUUCUCGGCAUCGAACAUCGUCCUACUGGUGAAAAGCGAAACGAGAGCUCAGAAUCAGAAGCCGAGCCUGGCAUGGCUCCACAAGCACGACACAAUUUCAUUCAAGAAAUGCGUCAAUACAUGCCCGGUCCACACCGGAAAUUCCUAGAAGCAGUCGAGAAUGUAGCCAACAUCCGCGAUUAUGUCGAAUCCCAUCGUUCCAACACCCAGCUCCGUAUUGCCUACGACGCUUGUCUUGCUAUGCUUCGCGCCCUCCGAGACAAGCACAUCCAGAUGGUAUCGCGGUACAUCAUCGUUAAAAGCCGCGAAUCGAGAAGCAUGAGCCAUACUCGUCACCAAGACCCCAGCGCCAUGCCAGCCCCCACCCGCGGCGCCGGCAUCGCAUCCGUCAAAUACGAUCACUCCGGUGGCAAGAAGAGCGAGAACUCUGGUUCACGAAGUGGGGGCAAGAGAUUACGCGGUACGGGCGGUACGGCUUUGAUUCCGUUUCUUCGUCAAGCCCGCGACGAGACUGGCGAGCCGGCCAUCAACGCGUGGGCGAGAAAAUUGAUGAGUGGAGCCAGGAAGAGCCAGGCUGAUGCCGAGAUAGAGGCUGAUAGUCGCGCUUAUGCGAGAGAAUUAGGUAUGUUGGGAUAUGACAUUCCAGCAGAUGAGAGUGGGCUGGUGGUUGGGAUGGCUGGGAGUUGGAAUAUGGAGGACAACGGGGGUGGGCUCUGUCAGUAUUGA